GCAUGCGCAAGAAUAUCUUGCGUUUCACCCCCGCCUGCGCACGCAGUUAAUAGAGGCAUCGCUAUGGAAGGGUUUGGUAGCAUACUAUCUGGUAUUGUAGGAUCAGGAGGGGCGACAACUUCUUACAGCCAAAAUGUUGGCGCGCCAUUGGAUUUACAAAGGGUGGCAAGUAGAAGAGCAUUCCAGGUUGCAGGGUUGAUAUUUUUAAUAUGUGGACUAUGUGGGAAGUUCGGCGCCUUGUUGACUAUGCUACCUGAUCCAGUACUAGGUGGUAUUGUUCUCGUCAGUUUUGGAAUGGUCACAGCUGUAGGACUGUCAAAUCUUCAGUUUGUGUCAUUACAGUCAAGUCGAAAUUUGGUGAUUAUAGGAUCUUCGUUGCUGAUUGGCUUAAUGGCUCCAAAAUACAUUAUAUCCAAUCCAGGCUGUAUAAAAACAGGAAAUGACGAGAUAGAUCGUGUUUUAACAGUUUUAUUGAGCACUGCAAUGUUUGUGGGUGGUUUUGUAGGAUGUGUAUUAGACAAUACAGUUCCAGGUUCUGAUGAAGAAAGGGGUAUAAAAUCAUGGCGUAAGACAUACACGGCAGAUGUACCAACUGGUUCUGUUUCCGAGGAGGACAACACCUAUGAUCUACCAUUCAUUAUGAAGUGUCUAAAACGCCAGAGAUGGGCAGCAUAUAUUCCAUUCCUUCCUACAUUCCAGUUCAGUAUUGGAAAAUAUUUCAAAGGACUGUGUUCAAAAUGUAAAGGCAAAUCGUCAUGAUCAAGUUGUAUUUUUUACAUAUCCAUGUGUGUGAGUGUUUAAUAUGUUCUGAAAAUCAUAAUUUCACACUUUUUGAAGGGAGUGUUGUUCAAAUGUAAAUAGUAUACAUCAUAAAAAUAGUUUUGUUUUAUAUGCAUAUCAGCAUACAGUAUAUCAAUUUUACUUGUUAUUGUUGCCUUUAUUUUAUAUUACCUUGAUUGUGAAAUGAAAAGAAUACAUCGGGUCUUAUAUGGUACAUUUAAGCAUUAGUUAAUAGAAUUUUAGUUUACAUAUGCAUUUAAUUAAAUACAGCCUAAAUUACACAUGGUGUAUGUCAUUGUAACUUAAUUAUUAUAAACAUAACAUUAAAAUAAAAAGGUGAGACAAAUGGUUAUAAAUAAUAUACAUCUGAAACUAUUAAAAAUGAAAUCAUUUUACAGCAGAAAAGUUCAUAUUUUAUCUCACGGUUGACUGAAGCGAAGGCAAUGCUUAUCUUACAUAGGACAUUUUUAGAUAACAAGUACAGUUUAUCAUUUAAUUUGGCAAAUCAUCCCCCAAUUCUUCCAUAGUUAGAUUAUUUAUUACUUACACACUAUGAAUUGAUAACCAGAUUAGUUCACACCUUAUAAACUGUAUCAUUGAACUACCAGCGUUUGUAUCAUGUGUUUACCGAAUGUAAAUCAUUAUUGAAUCCAAUUUUACCAAUUUAGCUAGUCCAAACAAAUUAUAUCAAAAAACUGUUGUACUUAAUCUAGCAUUGUUUUCAUUUUUCAAGUCCAAAGCAUCCAUAUCAAGUCACUGUAGUACCACAUCAAGCCUCUUUCUUGUCAAAGUCCAAAACAUUUCUUUCAAAUCAUUAUUGUAUAAGAAUUAAACAGAUUUGUCAAAAUGAAAAGAAAUGGUGGUGUAAAAAAAUUGGCAUUCUACAUUGUUGAGUUCAAUACGGAUUCUUCUGGCCUUGUUCCAGGUACAAAACCUAUAUCAAACUCGGCAAGCGUCUCGUCCAAUAUAGAUUUGACAGCUGUCUACUCGACCAAUAUAAUUCAAAAUGGAACUCAACAAUUCGUAAUAAACUCAUACUAUCAGAAUUCAAUAAUUAAUUAAUUAAGCAAUUUAGUACAUUAUUUAGCAAGAAAUAGAAACGCGUAGGCUUUUGCUGUAGUUUUAACAAAAAUGAAUGGUGAUUAUUAUUUAGAGACUUUAUGGAGACUAUAAUUUAACAAGAAUGAAAUUUAAAACUACGAUUAACAGUUUCAGAAAACGGUCAUUUUGUCAUAAUUUCCAGAUGGAUUGAUGGAUUUCUUUCAAAUAAAGAGCAUUCUAUUGCAUUUAAAUAGACCUUUAAAGUGAUAUAUUACAAUCCAAAUAUACUCAAACUGUCCGAUGUCCCUUUAUCAGGUAUCAUUAUAGUUGUUUGUUGUUAUGAAACAUUUGACCCUUUUUACCCUUGUGCUGGUAUACAAUGGUCAUACAUGUAUAUUAUACACUGUGUUAUUUUAUAGUAAUGCAUUGUGAACAUGUUUUGAUAUAUUCGCUUUUAGCAAGAUUUGUUUUAUGUUUUUGUAAAUGUAGACAUAUUAUGCCAAUAUUUUUAUAUAGAACUACAACAUCACCAGUGUCGGUAGUGCUAAUGAGGAUAAUAAAGAUUUAUAACGAAUGA